GAAAGUUAUCCGCAACCCCUAACUAUGUUAGAGCUGAGUUGCAAACUUUGAGAAGCGAAGAAAUGAAUGAGUAAACUUACUGGCACGUAAACCGCGACAAGUUAUAGUAAAGUGAGGCCGAGGCUGGAGCAAAGGCAGCUUUGGAGAUCGGUAAACGCUGGCACGGUGCGAGGUUGGGAUUGGGGUUGGGUUUGGCUUCCAUUCCAUUUCAACUCAUGAGCAUGAACAGAGAAUAGGAAUCAUCAGCAUAAAAGCAGAUCACGGUGGCUUCAAAUGCGAACAUACCGAAUUCAUUCCCAUCCUUCACGUCGUUGCUGUGCCAGGCCAAAAUAGAGGAGAUGGGAAGCCGGCUGGGUCCGGUCCAUUCUCCUCAUCCUUGCCAUUAUAAUCUCAACACUGGCGCUUUCAUUCAAAAUUCUUCCCUGCAUGACCUCAACACCGUGACAGUGGAGGGCGGCCGGAACACUGACCUUGAUUCCAUCAGUGAUGUCGACAGGGACGCUGUUACUGCGGAUAGCUUAGACAAUGACGAUGACGACGACAAUUCUGCUGAUUGUGUGCACCAGUCAUAUGGAAGUUCUUUGCAACUACAGGGUGUUGGUGGUGUAGAACCAGAACAUUCUUUGUCCCUUGAAAAUGAAGAACCCCCAAGGUCACCCUAUGGUGUCCUAACAAUUAAUGAUGUUAUACCUAUUGAAUCUGCAAGAGCACGAUUUUUGCAACUCAUUCUUGAUUAUUUUCUCCGAUCUCGGGUUAUUCAAGUCCCUGAUUCACCAGAGUCUGCUUAUGGUAGUCCCAAUGGAAAAGAUAAGCAAAAGAAGAGAAAGUCAAGAGAGUCACAAGUUGAAGGUGAUCCAAGGUAUGUCUUGCCAUUAGCUUAUGUGGCAAACCUCUAUGAAACUCUUGUGAGUGAAGUUAAUAUGAGGCUUGCCACUUUGGAUGGCAUUCGUGAAAAGUCAAUGGGUGUGGCACUUGAAGCAGCUGGUGGCCUGUAUAGAAGACUUGUAAAGAAGUUUCCUCGGAAAGGUCCAUGUACAUUUAAAAGGAGAGAGAUGGCAUCUGCCUUAGAAGCCAGGACAAAGUUUCCAGAACUGGUCACAAGAGAAGAGAAACGUGUACGUUUUGUAGUGGUUCAUGGAUUGGAGCUUGUAGAGCAGCCAGACAUGACCCUGGAAGAUGCUGAUUGGUACAAACGUUUGACAGGAAGGCAUGAAGCAACUAUUUGUGAAAGAGAUUACAAGUUUUACUCAGCCAGGCAUAAGUACAGGCGCACUCAGAAUUCUGUUUCUUCUGUAUCUGGGUUGACUGCAUUUCCUAAUUCAGAAAAUUCCUCGACAAUUAGUGGCCCUGGUCUUCGUUCAACUUACACAAAUGAUGUUCUGAAUCUCACAUCUCGGUCACCUCCUCAACCUCAGAUGCAGCACCAGCCCCAGCCAUUGCAGUGCAUACCACAUCAAGUUCAACACCAGCAACUACAUCAAUCCCAACACCAAUCCCUUCAUACCCAGCAGACGGCUCACUUAUCCCAUCCUUCUCAUGCGCAACAUUGCAUCCAUACUUCACACUUGGAUGACAUGUCACAUGUGCAACAUACUUCGCUGGCACCUCAGCAUAUGUCUCGCAGCAUGCAACCAUCAUCUGGUUUAAAUGUUGGAAAUAAGAUACUUGUUUUGCCAACAGGACCUGCAAAAUAUUGUGAUCAGUGUGGCUCACCAUAUUUAAGAGAGAGCUCUAAGUUCUGUUCAGAAUGUGGAGCCAAGAGGAUAGGCAUAUGAAUCCUGGAGUCAAAUGGUUUGGCUUUUGUAAUUAUGUAUUGUAAAAUGCUGUAUUUGAUAUUCAAAGUGAAGCUUAUCUAGAGGACGAGUAAGAUAUUGAUGUUUGUGCAUUAUAGGACUAGUUAUCAUAUACAUUUAUUUCUUCAAUGUAAUUAACCACAAAAUAUCUGAGAUGCAUUUAGUGACAUCAAUUGUAAAGAUAGUGAGAUCAGCGAGGUUAUUCUUUUGUGAGUAACCUCGAGGAGAAAUGAAAUGGUUGUGAAGUCUGGAUGGUCAUAUAUUAAUUAUCAAGCAAGUUUGAUGACAUGAAAUAUUUCAACAGUUUCAUACUUGUACAGAUUCAGUUCUCCUGGAGCAAGGAUUUUCCACUUUACCAUAUCUAUUUUCUAGUUCAGUUGUAUUUCACAUAUGACACUAUUUUGUGGAAGUGUCUGGUACGGCAGCAAAGGAGAAGAUUCACAACAAGGAGUGGAUCCAAUAUUAUUGGAGUUCAACCUUGGGGAUUUCCAUUUUUCCUUGUAAUGCACAUUAAUCCGAGAGGCAAGAUUUAACCAUAUUACCUACAGUGCCCACAUUGGGUUCGGAUUCUAUUUGUUCAAGGGUUUUAGGAAGUAUAGUUUGCUUGAGUAAUCACCGAUCACCUUUUAUAUUUUAGAAAUGUUUUUCUAAAUUUAUGGAAACGAAUGGUCAUAUUGAACUAGAUCCCUACAGUUACCUGGUGGACAACUCUCUUAUUGCCAUAAUUCAGAUGUAUUGUAUACUGAAGUAAACAUGGAACAAAGAUUGAGAAAGAUGAAUAACAUCAGAAAUGAUGUAUAGAAAAGAUAACAAUCUCUAUGUUUUAUACAAGGCAUUCUCUUGAAAGAGGUGAAUGCACUAUAUUUCUUCCUCAAUCUUCUUUCUAACUACCUACAUAUGUACAUCUAAAUAUACAGUACUGCUGAAGAAAAGAACCGCUAUGGAAUUUUAAACAGCUUCUCUUCCAUUAGUGGCCUUUCAAUAUCUGUUUGUCACGGUUGAGCCUAUCAAAAUGUAAUGGUCAAAUUGGAUCUGCCCUAAAGUGGAAGGGAUCAAAAGGUAUAUGGUGGAGGUAGAAUAUUGUAAUUGUUGAUGUCUUGUGCCAUUGAAAUUGUUGGUGGUAUAUGGUGGAGUUAGAAUAUUGAUCUUGGUGUUAUCACGCGCCAUAAAAUGGAGUUUGGUACUACCACAGAGCACAUGAUAUGGAAUUGAACUUGGUGUUAUCAUCAAUCGUGAGGUUGGAUUCUUAACAUUGUAUUAUUGAUACUGUUGGAGCUUCCACUUGAAUUUCUUAUGGCAUGGAUUGCUUUUAUGUUUUCAAUGCAUUCCUCACAAUUCCAGGU